CCGGCGGCCGCCCCCCGCGGGUCCCUCCCUGGCUGCGGGAGAGACGGAGGUAGAGGGAGGACACAGCGCUGCGCCGCCCGCACCGGAGACCUUCGCCGCGCCCUGCCGGCUCCUCACCUUCUGGGAGGAACAUGGCAGAUAAUCUCAGUGACACCUUGAAGAAGCUGAAGAUAACAGCUGUAGACAGGACUGAGGAUAGUUUAGAAGGAUGCUUGGAUUGUCUGCUUCAAGCCCUGGCUCAAAAUAAUAUGGAAACAAGUGAAAACAUCCAAGGAAGUGGAACACUUCAGCUCUUUGCAAAUCUGUUGACUCCACAGUCUUCCUGCACAGCCAAAGUAGCUAACAUCAUAGCAGAAGUAGCCAAAAAUGGUGAGGUUUUCCUCAAGAACUUUUCUGCUGGGGACAUCUUCAGUUUUACACCUUACUUGUCAGUAUGUUUUAUUCAUUUAUGUUUUAAUUUUGUAGCUGCAUUAGAGCUGGGAACCCCCAACAGGCACCUGCAGGCUCGUUGUUACCUGCGCAUCCGCCCGGAGGCUGUGACCACAGAGGAGGCUAGCUCCUCUAGGCAGCAGGACGCGGCACCCCUGCUGGCGGAGGCACGGGGCAGCAUGGCCCAGCCUCUCGCAGGCCACCCAGAGACCCUCCUCAAGGGAGGGAAAGCCCCACAGCUGUUGCCAGCUUGCCCACCACCUCGUACAUUUCUUUUUUCUUUUAUUUUUAAUUUAACUCUUUGUUUUACAGAUGAGGGCAGAAGUGCAGUUGACCAAGCAGGUGGUGCACAGAUUGUAGUUGACCAUUUAAGGUCCCUGUGCGGUAGAACAGAUCCCGCCAAUGAGAAGCUCUUGACUGUCUUUUGUGGCAUGCUGAUGAACUAUAGCAAUGAGAAUGAUUCCCUUCAAGCUCAGCUUAUCAAUAUGGGUGUUAUUCCUACCUUAGUGAAAUUACUGGGCAUCCACUGCCAAAAUGCAGCUCUUACAGAAAUGUGUCUUGUUGCAUUUGGCAAUUUAGCAGAACUUGAGUCGAGUAAAGAACAGUUUGCCAGUACAAACAUUGCAGAAGAGCUGGUAAAACUCUUCAAGAAACAAAUAGAACAUGAUAAGAGGGAGAUGAUUUUUGAAGUUCUUGCUCCAUUGGCAGAAAAUGGUGAGAAAGCAAAUGAACAUUUUGAUAAUUUUAUCAUUUUACUACUUCUUGGAGAUGAAUCCAUGCAGAAAUUAUUUGAAGGAGGAAAAGGCAAUGUGUUUCAAAAGGUGCUUUCUUGGCUUCCAUCCAACAACCACCAGCUUCAGCUUGCUGGAGCAUUGGCAAUCGCAAAUUUUGCCAGAAAUGAUGGAAAUUGUAUCCAUAUGGUAGACAGUGGAAUUGUAGAAAAACUUAUGGAUCUACUGGACAGACAUGUAGAAGAUGGAAAUGUAACGGUACAGCACGCAGCACUGAGUGCUCUCAGAAACCUGGCCAUUCCAGGUAAGGCUGAAAGUAGGAGACAGCUAUCAUCUUCAGUUGAUACAGUAGCAUCAUUAGUGGAGCGUUUGGUGGAAUGGUGUGAAGCCAAAGACCAUGCUGGUGUGAUGGGGGAGUCAAACAGACUGCUGUCUGCCCUUAUACGACACAGUAAAUCAAAAGAUGUAAUUAAAACCAUUGUACAGAGUGGUGGCAUCAAGCAUCUAGUUACCAUGGCAACUAGUGAACAUGUAAUAAUGCAAAAUGAAGCCCUUGUUGCUUUGGCACUAAUAGCAGCUUUAGAAUUGGGCACUGCUGAGAAAGAUCUAGAAAGUGCUAAACUUGUACAGAUUUUACACAGACUGCUAGCAGAUGAGAGAAGUGCUCCUGAAAUCAAAUAUAAUUCCAUGGUCCUGAUCUGUGCUGUCAUGGGAUCUGAAUCUCUACACAAGGAAGUACAGGAUUUGGCCUUUCUAGAUGUUAUAUCCAAACUUCGCAGUCAUGAGAACAAAAGUGUUGCCCAGCAGGCCUCUCUCACAGAGCAGAGACUUACUGUGGAAAGCUGAGACCUGCCCCUCCCUGAUACAUGGCAUCAUCCCAUCUCUGAUUUCCCCUUUGUUCUCCAUCCAGCUGCCUCUUCCGCUUCAUUCUCUACUGUAGCACUUUGUGCAUGCGUGAAAUGUUCCAAUACCAAUUGAAGAACUGCUGUAGGUACCUGCCCAAUAAGAUUUCUAAACCCAUAGUUAAUGUGAACAUGACAAGUCUCCAUCCAUAACUGUUCUCUUCCUGUUGCUUGAGCUACAUUAAGUAGAAUGUGCAUGUUGUAGUCCUACAAUGAUAUAAACUUGGUACUACAUAAUUACUUGCUUCUCACACUAGGUAAACUGCAUAAUUAUGUACUGAUAAAUUAGAAACAAAACAGAGUGCAGCAGGAUCUGUCUAGCUUAUUAAAGAUGGAAUUGAAUAGUAAAAAUAGCUCCAUUUUUGGUGCUUGGGAAGCACAAUGACCAAAAAACUGUAUGGCUGCUCAUUCAUGAAUCUUACCUACUAAUGUCAAACCCAUGGUACCUAGAGUUAAAUAAAAUUCUAAUGCUCUCACUAUUUACCCUAUGGUUUCUCCUUUUUCCUAACUAUGCAGGAUAUUGAAACUGCCACAAACUUGUCAAGACUUUCUGAGGCUUUUGAUUCCAUAUUUAAUUGGCUGUCAUCAGUAGCUUGAUGUUGAAAACAUUUGUAGUUUUCAGUGUGGAACUAAGGGGUUGAAGAACCCCUGUAAGAUAAGUGCACCUUGUUUUUUUAGAUUCUGAUACAUGUGCAUUUUCACCUCGGAACUUCUUCUGUCAGUUAAUUAGCAUUGUCCCACACUUGUCUUUAAAAGUCACUUGGCACUUGUUUUCAACUGAGGAAAUUGAGUAUAGUUCAUUGGAGAAUGGAUUUAUUGCUGUUUUUCAUCAUUCAGCUUGAAAGCAAGAAAUUUUAUCUUUCAUAGUCCUUUUAAAUCUUACAUUAAUACUAGCAGAACAUAGGAGAGAUUAAUAAAUAAAUAAAUAAAAUAAAUUAAAAAAUAAAUUUGUGUAGACUAAAGAAAGGAAGGCAGGUUAUAAAAGCCAUAGUAGCCAGUCCAGUUCAUUCUGCAGAUGACCCCUUACCAAACAGGUGUUAGAGUUCACACCUCCACUUUCCCACUGAGAACUGCAGAAGGUCUGAAAGGCUAUGAGAGAGUGACAGCCAAGACUCAAGAGAUGAAGAAUACCCCCUUGAUGAAAUAUAGUGUGUUCUUCACUGCCACUACUACCACCAGAUGAGUUUUUAGAGCUUUGAAAUGCAAUCUUUGUAAAUUAAUCAGAACAUCCCUCUGAUACCCUUGCCUUCUCCCCUUGCCCAAAUCUGCCAAGUACUGGCUUAAAGGCAAGAUGGCCUCCAGUAUGGAAGGACUGCAGAACAGAGAAUUGGCUGCCAAGGAGGUAACAGAAGCUCCUUCUUCUCCAGUAUGAGGUGCUGCACAUCUCUGUGGGGUGAUCUAAGUUGGACUUUUGUCUCUAAGACAGCUAUAAUUCAAGAAAGUUAAACUCCAGUGGAGGUAAAGAACCUUUUGACUGACUGUUCACCUUGAUGUCCAAAAAGGGACUAUUAUGAGUGCUUACGCUACACUUACUGUAAGAAUGCUCUUGUUUAUCAUCUUCUCCUGGGCUGGAUAGUGGACUAUAUUU